AUGUGUCCCAUCGUUUCUAUUGCCAUCAUCUCUGUCUUCGAAAAUCUACUUCUACAGCACUAUCGGACUCGCCGGUCAUAUUCGCGUGCAGGUUCAGCCGCGGAUCUGAGGGCUGGAAGAUGUAGAUUCUCGAGAAUUCUGCAGGACCUGGUCUCAUUUGUUACCAAAAUCUCCACGGUCUUACAAGAACAACCACCAACGUGGCGAUGGUCUAUAACGAUGACAAUGGGUAGCGCCGUGAUCGAAGCUGGGGAUUAUGUUCUUGGGAGAAGUAUUACGGACUCUGUCAGGAACGAUGCUGAGCAUCUUCUGUGGAAAUUCCACAAAGGAUACGAGCUACAUCCCGCAAUACCUGUUAGCGAUAAGAUGAGGAUUGCCGACCUUGGUUGCGGUACAGGGAUCUGGCUUCUAGACCUUGCAAGACAGCUGCCACCGACCGUUCAACUGCAUGGCUUUGACGUCUGUGACAAACAAUAUCCCGCACAGCCGCGAUGGCCCCAAAACAUGACUUUGAGCGUGAUCGACAUGAUGGCUGACCUGCCACCUUCCAUUGUGGGACAGUAUGAUGUGGUGCAUCUCCGGAUGUGGGUGAAUAACGUCCGCGAUGAGGAGACAGCUACUCUGAUUGGCCAAGCCAAACGACUCUUGAAACCCGGCGGUUACAUCCAGUGGGAGGAGGCGGACCUGGACAACCAGGUCACAGAGGGGCUUGUGGCAGAAAAGACCGCUGCUCGGAUGAGCGACCUGAUGCGGCGGGUCAACCUGAACUACAGCUGGGUGUCUGAACUCCCGGAGCGCUUGCGAAAGGAGAACCUAGAGGUGGUCGAAUCCGACAGCGGCAGGUUUGCUCCGCAUCUCGUCGACCUCUGCACCAGAAACUACAUUUUGACUCUGCGCGAGCUGACGCAGGGCAUCAAGAAGGGCCUCUCCGCGGAUAUGUUGUUGGCAGUCUCUGAGCAAGAGGUUGCUCUUCAGUGUCUUGCCACCCAGCAAAAGGAGAAGAUUGUUUACAAUUGGUCCCCAGUCACGGUGUUGGCUCAGCACAGGGUGUGA